UGAGCCUUCUGGAUACUUAACAGAUGGACCAAUAAAUUAUAAAUACAAAACUAAAUGUACAUGGUUAAUUGAAGGAUAUCCAAAUUCAGUUUUAAGGUUAAGAUUUAAUCAUUUUGCCACAGAAUGUAGUUGGGAUCAUAUGUAUGUUUAUGAUGGAGAUUCAAUAUAUGCACCUUUAAUAGCUGUAUUUAGUGGUCUUAUAGUUCCUGAAGUUCGUGGAAAUGAAACUAUUCCUGAAGUAGUUACUACAUCUGGUUAUGCAUUACUACACUUUUUUAGUGAUGCUGCUUAUAAUCUAACAGGAUUUAAUAUUUUUUACUCAAUUAAUUCGUGUCCCAAUAAUUGCUCAGGACAUGGAAAGUGCACAACUAGCAACUCUAUUCCAAGCAGGGUAUAUUGUGAAUGUGACAAGUACUGGAAGGGAGAAGCCUGUGAUAUUCCUUACUGUAAAGCUAACUGUGGGAGUCCUGAUCAUGGCUACUGUGAUUUGACGGGAGAAAAACUGUGUGUGUGCAAUGACAGUUGGCAAGGUCCUGAUUGCUCUUUGAAUGUUCCUUCCACGGAGUCAUAUUGGAUACUACCCAAUGUGAAGCCUUUUAGCCCAUCUGUAGGUCGAGCUUCCCAUAAGACAGUUCUACACGGAAAGUUUAUGUGGGUGAUUGGUGGAUAUGCAUUUAAUUACAGCACAUUCCAGAUGGUAUUAAAUUAUAACUUGGAAAGCAGCAUAUGGAAUGUAGUACCUGUACUGAAAGGACCUCUUCAGAGAUAUGGACACACCAUUGCAUUAUAUCAGGAUGACAUUUACAUGUAUGGAGGCAAGGUUGAAACAAAUACUGGGAAUGUCACUGAUGAAUUAUGGAUUUUCAACAUACCCAGUCAGACCUGGACUACCAGAAUUCCAGCAGUACUUGUACAUGGACAGCAAUAUGCAGUUGAAGGGCAUUCUGCACACAUUGUGGAGCUGGAUAACAAAGAUGUUGUCAUGAUUGUGAUUUUUGGUUACUCUGUAAUAUAUGGCUACACAAGCAGUGUUCAAGAGUACUACAUUAGAUCAAAUUCGUGGCUUGUGCCAGAAACAAAAGGGGCAAUUGUGCAGGGUGGAUAUGGCCAUACCAGCGUGUAUGAUGAUACAACAAAAUCUAUUUAUGUUCAUGGUGGAUACAAAGCGUUGCCUGGUAACAAAUAUGGAUUGGUUGAUGAUCUUUAUAAGUAUGAAGUUAACAGUCGGACAUGGACAAUUUUGAAAGAGAGUGGUUUUGCCCGAUAUCUCCAUUCAGCUGUUUUAAUCAGUGGGGCUAUGCUAAUUUUUGGUGGAAAUACCCAUAACGAUACAUCUCUGAGCAAUGGUGCAAAAUGUUUUUCUGCUGAUUUCCUGGCUUAUGAUAUAGCUUGUGAUGAAUGGAAAAUUCUUCCCAAACCUAAUCUUCAUCGCGAUGUAAACAGAUUUGGUCACUCAGCAGUUGUCAGCAAUGGGUCUAUGUAUAUCUUUGGAGGCUUUUCAAGUGUUUUGUUGAAUGACAUCCUUGUGUACAAACCUCCCAACUGUGAAGCAUUCAGAGAUGAAGAGCUUUGUAAAAAUGCUGGACCUGGAUUAAGAUGUUUAUGGAACAAAAAUCACUGCAUGUCAUGGGAAUCUGACCAUAUUAAUAACAUUCUUAGAGCAAAGUGUCCUAGAAAAAUAGCUGCAGCAGAUGACAGAUGUUAUAGAUAUGCAGACUGUGCCAGCUGUACUGCCAAUACAAAUGGCUGUCAGUGGUGCGAUGACAAGAAAUGCAUUUCAGCAAGCAGUAACUGCAGUGUGUCAGUAAAAAACUACACCAAAUGCCAUGUGAGAAAUGAACAAAUCUGUAAUAAGCUGACUAGUUGUAAAAGUUGUUCACUAAACCUUAACUGCCAGUGGGACCAGCGACAGCAAGAAUGCCAGGCUUUACCAGCUCAUCUGUGUGGAGAAGGAUGGAAUCAUGUUGGAGAUGCUUGCCUCCGUAUAAACUCUAGUCGUGAAAACUACGACAAUGCAAGACUUUACUGCUAUGGCUUGAAUGGGAUUCUUGCAUCGUUAACAACCUCAAAAGAAGUUGAGUUUGUUUUGGAUGAAAUACAGAAAUAUACUCUCCAGAAAAUAUCACCUUGGGUAGGUUUACGCAAGAUCAAUAUCUCCUACUGGGGAUGGGAUGAUAUGUCUCCCUUUACAAAUACUACAUUGCAGUGGCUUCCUGGAGAACCGAAUGAUUCUGGAUUCUGUGCUUAUCUCGAAAGGGCAGAAAUAGCUGGUCUGAAAGCAAACCCAUGUACUGCCAUGGCUGAUGGCCUUGUAUGUGAGAAGCCUGUUGUUAGUCCAAAUCAAAAUGCUAGGCCCUGCAAAAAGCCCUGUUCUCUCAGGACAACAUGCUCCAAUUGUACAAGCAGUGGUAUGGAGUGUAUGUGGUGUAGCAGUACAAAACGAUGUGUUGACUCAAAUGCCUACAUAAUCUCCUUUCCGUAUGGACAGUGCCUGGAGUGGCAGACCACCACCUGCUCUCCUCAGAACUGCUCUGGAAUGAGGACUUGUGGACAGUGUCUGGAACACCCAGGAUGUGGUUGGUGUAAUGACCCCAGCAACACAGGCAAAGGCCAUUGUGUGGAAGGAUCUUCAAGAGGGCCCGUAAAGUUAACUGGGGUGCAUCCUGCUGAAAUGGUUCUUGACAACAAUCUUUGUCCCAAAGAGAAAAAUUAUGAGUGGUCAUUUAUCCAUUGCCCAGCUUGCCAGUGUAAUGGCCAUAGUACUUGUGUCAACGGUAAUGUUUGUGAUCAGUGCAAAAACCUAACUACUGGAAAGCAGUGUGAAACAUGCAUGCCAGGGUACUAUGGGGAUCCAACAAAUGGAGGGCAGUGUACAGCCUGCACCUGCAGUGGACAUGCAAAUAUUUGUCACAUGCAAACAGGAAAAUGCUUCUGUACAACUAAAGGGAUCAAAGGAGACCAGUGUCAACUCUGUGACUCAGAAAACAGGUACCUUGGCAAUCCACUCAGGGGAACAUGUUACUAUAGCUUGCUGAUUGACUAUCAGUUUACCUUCAGUUUAUUACAAGAAGAUGAUCGCCAUCACACUGCCAUAAACUUCAUUGCAAAUCCUGAACAGUCAAACAAAAAUUUGGACAUAUCAAUUAAUGCAUCAAACAACUUUAACCUGAAUAUCACUUGGUCUAUUGGUUCUACAGCUGGAACGAUAUCCGGAGAAGAGAUUCCUGUGCUUUCAAAAGCUAAUAUCAAGGAGUACAGGGAUAGUUUUUCCUGUGAAAAAUUCAACUUUAGGAGCAACCCAAAUAUAACUUUCUAUGUAUAUGUCAGCAAUUUUUCAUGGCCAAUCAAAAUACAGAUUGCAUUUUCACAGCACAAUACCAUCAUGGAUCUGGUGCAGUUCUUUGUCACCUUCUUCAGUUGUUUCUUGUCGCUGCUGUUGGUGGCUGCUGUGGUCUGGAAAAUCAAACAAACCUGUUGGGCUUCUCGACGGAGAGAGCAACUUAUGCGGGAACGACAGCAGAUGGCCAGCCGUCCCUUUGCUUCCGUUGAUGUGGCGCUGGAAGUAGGAGCUGAACAAACAGACUUUCUACGAGGGCCGUUAGAGGGCUCUCCUAAACCAAUUGCUAUUGAGCCUUGCUCAGGAAAUAAAGCUGCAGUACUGACUGUGUUUUUAUGCCUGCCAAGGGGGUCAUCAGGAGUUCCACCACCUGGUCAGUCAGGGCUCGCAAUUGCAAGUGCACUGAUAGACAUUUCACAACAGAAGCCCUCAGAGUGUAAAGAUAAGAGUUUGGGAGUCAGAAAUAGAAAACAUCACCUUUCAACACGUCAAGGAACUUGCGUCUGAAAUCAAGAGAAUGCAUUUGUAUAUACUGUAAUUUUUUUCUUUUUUAACGAGCUUCCAUAGUAAGCUAAACUACAGCCUCAGUUUUUGUGGAGGCAACCUCUGGAUGAUGGUACAGAUCAUGGUCAGAAGCACGCGGCCCGGCUGAACCACAACCUUCAUCCAGCUGUGCCAUCUAAGCAGGGCAUCCUGGAGAGCAAAUAUAAAUAUUUUGGAUGAGUCUGAGGAAAUAUAUCAGUAAUGAUAUGCAAAACAAAACAUUUCUUCUUUCUUAUCCAUAUCAGGAAAUAAUGAAAAAGACUGUGCAUUGUUUUAUAAUGUGGAAGGAAAUAUAUCACUGAAAAUGGAACAGUUCUGAAAGAUUCAUUACGUACAUAGAAGUAAUGGGUUGCUCAGUUUGAUUAACACUUAAAGAUGCAAACACUUAAAGCAGGAACUGGCAUUACUAGAUAUAUUAUCAUUUCCCACUUAUGAAAACAGAAUUUGAAGUAGGUGGUCGGCAGAUAUUUUAAAAUAUCCAUAUAUUUUAAGGAUAGCAUAUUGAAAACUGGCUUUCUGCAUAUCAAGGAUUUCUGCCCUCCAAAAGAUCCUGUAACGAUCCCAGCUGAAGCAGGAUGAAAGGUGGACUCUGCUUCAUAAGAAUUCUGAAUGAGAAAUAAAGCAAAGAGUAAAUGCCUGUCUUCCAUGCCAGCCAACUAACUCAUUAUCACAGCUGAUUGAGUAUGAGAAAGCCUGUCCAGCAGCCAAGAUCUUUGUAACAGUCAUUUCCAAAACUGCAAGACUCCGAAGAGCUUAACUCUUUAUUCCUGUGCAAUAGUAUGUUUGAUUCUGUUUUACUAAUGUGAUACUGAAGGAAGGCCAAAGGACAAUGCAGGUUUGAGCUUACAUAAACUUCUUGAUGUCAUUGGUUUUAGGGCACCCUUAAAUUUGAUUUGGGUGGCUUCUCAGGGUUAAACUGAUUGCCCUGAUCGGUUCUUCGACAAUAAUGUUGCCCUGGCCGCACCAACCGCCUUUCCAGAGUCCAAACAGCAGACUAAACUGUCCUUCAUUUCCUCCCUGCAAAAAAAUUCACAGCACUUCAAAAUAUAAAUCACUCUAAAACCCACCAAAGAUCUUUUAGUAUUCAAGAUACUUAGAAUAGCUUUUCUGUAUGAGAAUCAACAAGUCAUUGAACCCAAAAGUUAAAGGGAAACCCUCCUGUAGGUAUUUGCAAGGAAAUAAGAAACAAAAAAACAGCCUGUUGCCUACAUAGCUUGUAGGAUUUACAGAGUCUUUUGCAGCAGGUGAAUGGGCUACUCUCACAGUCUCAGUCUAGAGAACUUUAAAUACAUGUAAGUGAAAUCAGUGCAACUGCAGUGCUUACCCGUCCUCUUUAAACUCAUUCGUUUCAUUGGGACUUAAGUGUGCAAUUUUCUAUGUAGUCAGGCUGCACCUUAACUGUUUGUGGCAAAUUACACAAAACAAGUCCUUUUGCUAGAGCUUCCUUGGAAGGUCAUAGCAGCAGUGGUGUACUUUCAAAAAAGGCCACCCAGACCAAGCCCGGGGCACUAUGCCCAGCCCCCAGCCAAAUUCCACACCCUGCCCUCCACCCCUCUCCCGCUGCUGCACAGGGUGGGUGAGCAAGCAAGCAGUGCUGCUUCCCCCUCCCAGCUUCCUCCCUAGUUUACUAGAAGUUUAAAAUGGGGAGAAAAUUGUGAGGGAGGCGACGCCACUUGCUCACUCACCCACCUGCCCCGAGUGCCUUGCAGCAAGGCAGAGGCACUCUGAAUGCGGCAGGUGAGGCCCAGCAGGACAUCACGCUGGGCCUUGCCUGCAGCGCUCAGAGUGCCUCUGACUUACUCCUAGACACGUAGGGCAAGCGAGCAAGCCAGCAAUGCAGCAUUCCUCCCUCCCAGCUUCCUCCCUAGCUUACCAGAAGGUGAGGUGGCCAGGAGCAUGCCCCAGGAAGGCUUUUUUUUUGCUGUGGCAAGGGAGUUUGGCGGGGGGGGAGUUUAACCAGGGGGUGAGUGCAGAGUGGAGAGGACCAAAAUGUCCCCCCCCCCAUGUGAGCCAGGCAGAUGGUGCUUGGUUCAAAUAACUCCUCUCUGCCCCUCCCCAGAUAAACCAUUGCAUAGCAGCUCUUAAUCUCCAGAGCUGACAACUCUUGAAAUAGUUCACAGCAGUGUAAACUCUUACCUGUGAUAGAGUUUGGUAAAUAUGAAAGUGAAAGAAAUAUAUUUGAUGUUUACUACUAUAGCUUCCUUUUUAUUUUCAUUUUCUUUCAGAAAGGGGAUGAGAUGUCACUGUUUACACUUCACAUAGUUACUUGCAUGCCAAGGUGGUGCAGUAGCAGUAAUAAUGCCCUGUUUGUGAGUUAGUAGUGUUUCUUUUGUAAUGCCAUUCAAACAUCAGAUAAGUUAAGUUGGAUGAGGACUGAAUGUAUAAAAGCAGACAUUUAAAAUUCUGUAAACGGAACUGUUGUACAGUAUGUCGUUCCCUCUCAUCCAGAAUGAUUAGGUUACAUUUUAUCAUGACUGCUAUACUGUUUUGAUUAGUUACAUAUUGAUAAAUUAUGCUGGCAUGAUUGUUGGAAUAUUUUCACAUAUCAAAAAGAGACUAAUUCUUAUUCUAAAGUUAUGUUGUCACAGUUUGAUGAUUUUUGAUUGACUGUUCGGACCUCACUUUAUUGUUACUCUGAAACAAAGGAACUGCUUCUCCAAGAACUUAUGUGCACAUAAAUCUAAAAAUGAUCCAGUUUACAUUUAAGUUCUUGCAGAAUUAGGGCAAAAAAAUCUGUUGGAAAUUAUCAGUCAUUGAACACUUGUAACUCAAAUAACAGUUUUGGGGGUUUUUUUUUUAGAAAAAAACAAACCCUUCUGUCAUUGUAGUGUUGAUUUGGUGGAAGAAAAAUGUCAUUAGAACUGGCAUGUAUGAGUAAGAUGAUUAUUUGAAGAAAGUCAAAAGAGAAAUAAAAGACUUGGCUGUAAA